ACACUUCCGGUUCCGCCGUGAGGCGGAAGCUGUGCCCUGAAGCGCUCUUCCCGCGUUGUGGCUCGGAAUCCUCCUAAGCAUGGAUCGCGUUUGUGAGGAGAGGCCCGCGGAGGAUGGGAGCGACGAGGAGGACCCUGAUUCCAUGGAAUCCCCGGUCCGGAUCCGGGACACCCCGGAAGACAUCGUGCUGGAAGCGCCGGCCAGUGGGCUGGCGUUCCAUCCGGCCCGCGACCUACUGGCUGCAGGGGACGUGGACGGAGACGUGUUCGUCUUUUCCUACUCUUGCCAAGAGGGAGAAACCAAGGAGCUCUGGUCAUCGGGUCACCAUCUCAAGUCUUGCCGAGCUGUGGUCUUCUCUGCAGAUGGGCAGAGUGAGUACUGGGGAAGGCAGCCAUGUGGUGGUGGGGAGCAGUGAGCAGCAUCAUGACCUGGGCACCUUUUCCCCAGAACUUGUUACUGUCUCCAAGGACAAAGCCAUCCACGUUCUAGAUGUGGAGCAGGGCCGACUAGAAAGACGUAUUUCCAAGGCUCAUGGUGCCCCCAUCAACAGUCUCUUGCUGGUGGAUGAGAAUGUUUUGGCCACUGGGGACGAUGCAGGUUGUAUCCGUCUCUGGGACCAGCGGAAGGAAGGCCCCUUAAUGGAUAUGCGCCAGCAUGAGGAGUACAUCGCAGACAUGGCUCUGGAUCCAGCCAAGAAGCUGCUGCUGACAGCCAGUGGGGAUGGCUGCCUUGGUGUCUUCAACAUCAAGAGACGCCGGUUCGAGCUGCUCUCAGAGCCUCAGUCUGGGGACCUGACCUGUGUCACCCUCAUGAAAUGUGGGAAGAAGGUGGCCUGUGGCUCCAGUGAAGGUACCAUCUACCUCUUCAACUGGAACGGCUUUGGGGCCACAAGUGACCGCUUUGCCCUGAGAGCCGAGUCCAUUGACUGCAUGGUUCCAGUCACUGAGAGUCUGCUAUGCACUGGCUCCACUGAUGGAGUGAUCAGGGCUGUGAACAUCCUGCCGAACCGAGUGGUGGGCAGUGUGGGCCAGCACGCUGGGGAGCCUGUGGAAGAGCUGGCCCUUUCCCACUGUGGCCGCUUCCUGGCCAGCAGUGGCCACGACCAGCGCCUCAAGUUUUGGGACUUGGCCCAGCUGCGAACUGUGGUGGUGGAUGACUACCGUCGGCGCAAAAAAAAGGGAGGAUCACUGCGAGCCCUGAGCAGCAAGGCCUGGAGCACUGAUGACUUCUUCGCAGGACUGAGGGAGGAAGGAGAGGACUCUGUGGCUCGGGAGGAAGAGGAGAGUGAGGAUGACAGUGACUGAGGGGAUGAACUGAAUCUUAGGACAGGUCCUCACUGAGUAAGAGUCUUGCUUGUUGGGCUGGACCCAGAGGAGAUAUGAAUUUAUAAUACCCUAUAAUAUGUGCAGCACAAGAUGAUGUACCCAGGGCACUGAUGCCAGGAAGGUACUUGCCCUGUAGCAGCUAUUCACUCUACCAGUGUGAGACAAACCCUAAGCUGGGGCAAGACAGCACAGACACAAGUGUAUACUAACCAGGGGUUUAAUAUAAAUACAACCAGCACAGAAAAACUCAAAACUAUACAUAAGCCAAAACAGGUGGUAGGGACAAAAGGCAGAAUUUCUGACCCUUUGGCUCAGCUGCCCCCACCCCCACCCCAAAUAAAAACCAACAGAGGACAAAUUAA